AGUUGUUGGGCGACAAGGCGAUAUUAAUGUCCCCAGCGGCGCUGCGGGUAUCAAACCUCCCCAACCACCGCUCUUCCGCCGCCGCAACUUCACUGUUCAUAUCCUUGUUCUUGUUGUCACCUUUAUUUCUUCAGCUGUCGUCCGGGUCUGGUAACCCAGAAGCUGAUGCUUUGGCGGCACUGCAUAACAGUUUGAUCGAUCCGAACGGUAUUCUACAGAGCUGGAAUUCAUCGUCCCCCUGCAACUGGGACCGCGUUACGUGCAACCAAGAAGAUAUCGGUAAAGUUACCAAAAUGUAUGGAAUAUAAAAUAUACUCCUUCCGUUUGCAAAAAAACUUCCCAUUUUGAUUUGGGGCAAAAAUAAGGAAGUGUUAAAUUACAAUUGAUUUUCAAUUUUGCCUCUGAUGUGAUGGGUAAAAGUAAAAUGUGAUGGAUAUGUUAUUAGAAAAAAAAGUAUGAUGUGAUAGGUAGGGUAUGAAAAAGUAAGGGUAAAAGUGGUUUUUUAAUAGAAAGGAGAAGUGUUUUGUUGGAAGUGGAAAAAAUGAAAGAGGAAGUAUUUU